UGUGACCUAGCCGGAUGUCCCGCAAGCCGCGCCGGCGCUGGCUCAGUCUCGCGCCGUCGUUCGUCCGCGCCACGCUGAGUCGCUUUGCGCCUUACGCUCUCCGCUGUUCCCAUAGACCCAGCCGGGCAGCCCCGGUCACGCAACUCCGCAACUAUGUCCAAGCUGGCGCGGCUCGGGCGUGAGGAGAUCAUGGAGUGCCAGGUGAUGUGGGAGCCUGACAGCAAGAAGGACACGCAGAUGGACCGCUUCCGGGCGGCCGUGGGUGCCGCCUGCGGCCUGGCGCUGGGGACUUAUGAUGACCUGUACCACUGGUCCGUCCGGUCUUAUUCAGACUUUUGGGCUGAAUUCUGGAAGUUCAGCGGAAUAGUCUACUCACAAAUGUAUGAUGAGGUCGUGGACACAUCCAAAGGAAUUGCAGAUGUCCCCGAGUGGUUCAGGGGCAGCCGCCUCAACUACGCCGAGAACCUCCUACGCCAUAAGGAGAAUGACAAAGUCGCCCUUUACGUGGCCCGGGAAGGCAGAGAGGAGAUUGUGAAGGUGACUUUCGAAGAGCUGAGGCAGCAGGUGGCUCUGUUCGCAGCCGCCAUGAGGAAGAUGGGCGUGAAGAAAGGGGAUCGAGUGGUCGGUUAUCUGCCCAACAGUGCGCAUGCAGUGGAGGCCAUGCUGGCUGCUGCCAGUAUCGGAGCCAUCUGGAGUUCAACAUCGCCAGACUUUGGUGUGAAUGGUGUCCUGGACCGGUUUUCUCAAAUUCAACCGAAACUUAUCUUCUCAGUAGAGGCUGUUGUUUACAACGGCAAGGAGCACAGUCACCUGGAGAAGCUGCAGCGAGUUGUGAAAGGACUGCCUGACCUGCAGAGAGUGGUGCUGAUCCCCUAUGUCCUCCCACGGGAGAAGAUAGACAUUUCCAAGAUCCCCAACAGCAUGUUCCUGGAUGACUUCCUGGCAAGCGGGACAGGCGCGCAGGCACCGCAGUUGGAGUUUGAACAGCUGCCCUUCAGCCACCCUCUGUUUAUCAUGUUCUCCUCUGGCACAACAGGAGCACCCAAGUGCAUGGUGCACUCUGCUGGGGGCACCCUCAUCCAGCACCUGAAGGAGCAUGUGCUCCACGGCAACAUGACAAGCAGUGACAUCCUGCUCUACUAUACCACGGUCGGCUGGAUGAUGUGGAACUGGCUGGUAUCGGCUCUGGCCACUGGAGCAUCCUUGGUCCUGUAUGACGGCUCCCCGCUGGUCCCGACGCCCAAUGUGCUGUGGGACCUUGUGGACAGGAUAGGCAUUACCAUCCUGGGAACAGGAGCCAAGUGGCUGUCAGUGCUGGAGGAAAAGGACAUGAAGCCAGUGGAAACUCACAACCUCCACACGCUCCACACGAUCCUGUCCACCGGCUCGCCAUUGAAAGCCCAGAGCUAUGAAUAUGUGUACAGAUACAUCAAGAGCAGUGUGCUCCUCGGCUCCAUCUCAGGUGGCACUGACAUCGUCUCCUGUUUCAUGGGACAGAACUCAUCUGUCCCUGUGUACAAGGGUGAGAUCCAAGCCCGGAACCUUGGCAUGGCUGUGGAAGCCUGGGAUGAAGAAGGGAAGGCCGUCUGGGGAGAGAGUGGUGAGCUGGUGUGCACCAAACCCAUCCCCUGCCAGCCCACGCACUUCUGGAACGACGAGAAUGGCAGCAAGUACCGGAAGGCUUACUUCUCCAAGUUCCCCGGUGUCUGGGCACAUGGUGACUACUGCAGGAUCAACCCCAAGACAGGAGGCAUAGUCAUGCUGGGCCGGAGCGAUGGGACCCUCAACCCCAAUGGAGUACGCUUCGGCAGCUCGGAGAUCUACAACAUUGUGGAAGCCUUCGAUGAAGUGGAGGACAGCCUGUGUGUCCCCCAGUACAACAGGGAUGGUGAGGAGCGCGUGGUCCUGUUUCUGAAGAUGGCAUCUGGGCACACCUUCCAGCCCGACCUUGUGAAGUGCAUCCGUGAGGCCAUCCGCCUUGGCCUGUCUGCUCGCCAUGUACCCAGCCUCAUCCUGGAGACCCGAGGCAUUCCAUACACACUCAAUGGCAAGAAAGUGGAGGUGGCCGUGAAGCAGGUGAUGGCUGGGAGGACCGUGGAGCACCGGGGGGCCUUCUCCAACCCUGAAACCCUGGACCUGUACCGGGACAUCCCUGAACUGCAGGACUUCUGAGCCAACAGCUCAUGCGCCAUCCAGUGAUGCGUGUGAUGGAACUCAGG